CCAAAGAGGCCAAAGUGUAUAUGUCUAACUGAGGUGUACACAAGCUAUAAGCCCCCCCCAAUGCCGUUCGAUAGAUACGUCGGCCACGCGAUCAUUGCGUCACAAACAUUGUUGCGUGAUCACAUCGUCUGGAUCGCAGGAUGGGAAGGGCCUUUAGAAUUCGCCCUGACCUUGACGAUAGCACUGAUAAGGGCGAGAGGUCGACAGCCGCAUAAUCACGUGGCUAGGCCUACACCUACACCUCAGGCACCGGCACCACCGUUAGUGCGACCCCCUUGCUGCAGCAUGGUAAAUUGUACUCGUCUUGGCCUCAAAAUUUCCACAUCUGUCCAAAAAGGAGGCUGUUGUCACUCUCUAUUUCCGAGAUGAGGCCAGAAAAACCUCUCCCUAUCAGUGAUGAGUUUUCCUCGGCGGAAGAAUACGUCGAAGAAAUUCUUCGGUUUGCGAGCAAUUCGGACAUCUUUCAGUUGCUAUGUGGUGGAGUCCAUAUUCUAGAUUUCUUCACCAACGAACCAGGCCUGUUCUACACGGCUCUGCCGCAAGAAUGGCAAGAAUACCUGUUACAGUGCGAGCCCAUGGUCCUGUUGGACGUGCUCAUGCGAGAUGACUUGGAAUCACUCCCCUCCGGUCCCGGAAGGCCGCCAGAGUCUCUCAUCCAAUAUGUCAAGGACAUACGGAGGCUCUCCCUGCGGAGGACUUUCUCGCCGAGGAAAUACAAGCUGUCCGCCCUCCCACAACGUGUCGCUAUGGGGAUGAAGCUGAAGAAGAUCCACGAAGUCGCCAACUUCGCGGGCUACGUCGACUCGCUCGCGGACGGGUUCGCGCAGAGGACCGGCAAGGAGCUGACCCAUUUCGUAGACUUUGGGAGCGGCCAGAAUUACCUCGGGCGAGCCCUGGCCGGCGAUCCCUACAAUAGGCAUAUAGUAGCUGUCGAAGGCAGGGAGUCAAACAUCGACGGCGCAAGACGUCUAGAUGUGUUAACCGGGGUGGCGGAAAAGGAGAAGGUGAUGCGGAACAAGAAGCUCUACAUGCGGGCUCUAGAGAGCCUAGAUCCCGCCCGGAAAAAAGAUGGGGAGGCGUUGAAGAAGGCUGCCGAAGCCCUCAACUUUACCCCCGAAGAGAUCACGGCCACGGACCUGAGACCCACCAAGGAGCUGCAGCUCACGUAUACGCCCGAAGAAGGCAAGGGCUCCAUCCGCUACGUGAUCGGCCAGCUAGAGAACGCGGAUCUGAAGGACGUGGUGGCCCAACUACGAGAGCCCGGUGGCGGCGCCGGCGGUGAGGAGAGAGACCUCCGCAUCAUGGCCAUGUCCAUCCACUCGUGCGGCAACCUCUCCCACUACGGCAUCCGCUCGCUAAUCCUGAACCCGUGCAUCCGGGCGGUGGCCAUCGUCGGCUGCUGCUACAACCUCAUGACCGAGAAGCUGGGCCCGCCCGCGUACAAGACGGCCGUCAACCGGCCCAGCCUGCAAGCCGUCAACGGCCGGGUGGUGCGCGAGUCGGAACGCCGCGACCCGCAAGGCUUCCCCAUGAGUGAGCGGUUCUCGUCGUACGGCGGCCAUGGGAUAAGGCUGAACAUCACGGCUCGGAUGAUGGCUUGCCAGGCACCGCUGAACUGGGGGGAAAGGGACAGCGACGAGUUCUUCGCGCGGCACUUCUACCGCGCGGUGCUGCAGAAGAUCUUCCUGGACAAGGGGGUCAUCUCCAGGGUCUACCACGGCGGCGUGGGGGAGAACGGCUCGUCGUCGGCCCCGUCACCGCCAGCCACGGGAGAGGACGACAGCCCGUUCAACUCGAGCACCAACCCAGUCAUCAUCGGGUCGCUGCGCAAGUCGUGCUACGGCUCCCUCGGGGCGUACGUCCGCGGCGCCAUCGCGAAGCUGACGACCAACACCGACUACGGCCAGUACAGCACCGUCGUGGCACGGAAGAUGGGCGACAUGUCGGACGCCGAGAUAGACGGGUACGAGGAGCGAUUCCAGUCGCGAAAGAGGGAGCUCAGCGCCGUCUGGAGCCUGAUGGCCUUCAGCGCCUGUGUUGUUGAGUCGCUCGUCGUCACGGACCGCUGGGCAUUCCUCCGGGAGCACCAGGACACGGUCGCGGACGCAUGGGUCGAGGCAGUGUUCGACUACAAGGAGAGCCCACGGAACUUGGUCGUCGUGGGGAUCAAGAAGUAGGGUGGUGGCAGGCGCAGGAUGGGGAACUGGGGUGGAUGUCAUGCGUCUUCUUCAUUUUAGAGACCCAAUAGGCAACUUUCUCCCACCUUCACAGACACCUUCAUAGACACUUGCACAGA